GGGGGACGGGCCGCGCAGGCGGGCCGCGCAGGCGCACGGCCCCGCCGAGGCGACCUUGGCCGCCCACCGGGCGAGUCUCCGCCGCGCCUGGCGCUCUGCGAGGAUCUCUGGGCUCCCGGACGCCUGGGAUGGCACGGAUGCAGAUAGCGGAAGAACGGAGGCUCGCAGACGUCACCAUCUCGCGCCUGGGUCCCAUAGGCCGGGGCGGCUGCCUUGCGUUCACGCCCGUAGCCAACAACAUCCGCAGACGUGAGAGCAGCUCUCUGAAAGAUGUUGUGGCCUUCGCACAGGCGGAACUGCUCUGUAAACGGGCAUACCGAGCGUACUCGACAACGCAUAACAACAACAUAAUCUGCACAACUCGGGAACAAUGGGCGCCACGGAUGUGAUAACGUAUGGCAGUGGCGUUCGCAAUUGCGGCACGACGCUCUACAAGACCACGCAAGUUUCCGUGAGCCCUGGCGAGGCCCACGCACACGUCACAGACAGCCGUGUCCGCCGGAGGGAGCAUCCGCGAUAACUUUUCACCUUGUUCAACGAAUUACUGCCUGCUCCUCUCCGCGUGCUACUCUAUCAGAAACCUGGAGACACACACACAGCUGCGGUCGCGUGCAGAACGUGUGGACCUCACGAGCUCGACGCACACCUGCUGAGGGCGGGCGGGCCAACCCCUUGGAAGGACCGAGCGCUGCAAAGGCAUGCGGUCACAUGUGCAUCCAGCUUCCUGGGACGUGCCAGGCUCGGCAGGCACGAGGCAUUCGGGGCAAGGGCGUGCGGAUCGAGCCCCCGCUUCUCGGGGGCCGCUGUGACACAGGCUCGGAGCUCGACGCCAACCACAGGGAGGGCGAGUGGAGCGCGAGGUCAAAAAAACGCAGGGAAGGCGGAGGGGAGCCGAAGUCGAGGGUGCGGCAGAAUGGCCGACGCCUCGCGCUGCCCACCAGUACCAGACAACACGCGUCUCACUUUAUGAUGUUCCAAACUACUGUAGCCUUGUACGACGGGAGCAACAUUUGAGCAGGGACCGACCGUCCCGGCAUUCCCAUAGGCACGCCAGAACGCUUCGCCACUGCUUGAAGCAGACGUCUCACUGCUGCUGCGGCCCGCGGCUGAGGAGCACGAAGACCGCGAUCU